GUUAGAACUACAGGGCUGAAUAGGUGUGUGUCGAUGGCGCGCUCCGUAAAGUGACAGACAGUUAACGAUGAAACAAACUUUUUUGACUUACAGUUUCAUAGUGUUUUUAUUUAUUUCAAUUCGUAAUAACAGUGACGUGCAAGUUUGAAAUAGUUUUAUUUUAUAAAGAAGGUACAAUAAUCUUAGGUCGAUCGAGACUUCGGCGGGUUGAAAUGCAAACAUUCCAUAAAGAAUGUUGAACUUAGCUUUUUUUGUUCGUUGCCGCUUUUCAAUACAUUUUGAGUAUUUUUGUUUUUUUAAACCUAUGUAAACUGUCUUCUCGGAACUGAGAUUGGUACUUUGCGUGUACCCAGUGCUAUUGUUGUAGUGUUAUAAAAUAUUGUGUACUCAAAGUCGGCAUUUAAGCGCGGAUUACCGAAACAUUCAAGGGUAAUCGAGUCAUUGGAAAUUCCGAAACGACUUUGACAACGCAAGAAAAUUUCCACAGCUGACUUUGAAAAUCUGACGCUCUGUCACUUGUGCUGAAGUUUGCCAUUAUUAGCGAAAAGUCUGGAGUAAAGCUGAUGAGAUCUAGUGACUGACACUUGUGUGAUGUGCCGGCAACACCACAUGGAAGUGCAGUUGGAGGUUACUUGAUCUCAAAGUGUCCAAGACCUGGUUGAGACUGAAGAAUGAAGUUCUCAACGGGGUCUAGCUCCAGCAGUCUCGCCAGCGACUCGCUGUCGAGGAAAUCGACUCUAUGCAUCUACACCGAAGUAGAUGCCACGAUGCCACCGCCCUGUGAAAGAAUGGAUAGCAGUUCAGAAGCGAUGGAGCUGAGACGGGAGUUGGACGCCGUGAGAAGCGCGCUACAACAACAGUCGGAAUCCGUCUUGAAGCAAAGGCAUCAGCUCGUCGAAGCUAGUCAAACUCUCGCCGCUCGGGACAAAGAAGCUGCUCAAGAGAGACGUCUAAGACAAGAUCAACUUGCAAUAGUACUACGUUCCUUAGUUUUACUUGAGUCCCGAUUGAGCAGGGAGCAAAAACAAAUUAAAGUAUCGCUCUUGCAAAAAGAAAAAAUCAUUAAAUCGCAACAAGAAGAAAUCGUUAAAUUAAAGGCCCGAAAGUCAUACUGUAGUAAUUGUCAACAAAUUCUUGGAUUUACGAGCGAACAAACAAAUAUCGAGACUGACCCAGAAUUUCAGAGUUUAGAAAGUACUGACUCCAGAUUUCAAAAUAAUUUUGUUCGAAGCUGUAGCUACCGUGAAAGAAAAUCACCACCGGCUUUCCAAAAAAAUACUAGGUUAAGUAAAAGUUUCCAACUGCCCAAGAACGAUAUUGUUUACGGAAACUCUAGUUCAAGCGAGGAAGGCAACACUGCAAGUGUCUGUAGCAAAGGUACAUUUAUCAAAAAUAAACAAGCCUUUGUCAGGCGAGACGUUUUCAGAAGAUCUAGAAAGUAUUCCGGGAGAAAGAAUAACGGAAAGAACAAUGACAAUGGACAAAAAAAAGUAUACAAUAAUCAAGUUAAUAGCAGUAGCGCUGAAGAUUCUAUUAGUAUGAAUUAUCAUGUAAAUCAUGAAGACACUGAUCUUACAGCUAGCCAAAUAGCAAGUGAUAUAAGAAAAGCAUCAUUAAAAAUAGAUCAGCUCAUUGGUGAGGCAGCUAAAAAAGAUAGCGAAAAUACUCAGAGUGACUCUGAUAAAACAUAUUCGACUAAAAUGGAGAGACUACAUGGGAUAAAAAGGCAAGCGUCUGAUGAAAUAAAAGCUAACAGACAAAUUUUCUUAAAUAAAGUUUUAAGCGAUGAUGGAGAUGAAAAACCUUGGUAUUGCAAUGUCAGUGACCCUGAACAAGAAAUCGAUUGUCUUAACCAAAGAGUUCCACUCCAAAACACAAAAUCAAAAUCCACCGAUAAUCUUAUAAUGUCCGGCUUAAACAGUGGAAUUCUAAAUGCAGAGGUCGUAUCUGCUAAAAACGAAGUUCUUUGUAAUAAUAUCAUGAAAAAUAAUGAUACGUACAAUUCCAGUUUCGAUGUGAGAAGUAACACUCCCAAUGAUAAUAAAGAGACAGCUACAACAGAAGUAAGUGAAAAUUGGUAUGCAAGCACUAGUGAUGCCGAUGACACUCCACCGAAUGAAAUUUAUAAAAAUAACCCUGUUUUGGAAUGUGUAAAUCAAAUUUUACUUCAAAACUCUUUAGAUGACAGUAGUAAUGACAAUUCCAAAUCAAGUGAAGCGCCGAGUCCAAGUCCGAAAGCGGCAACAAAACGUGUUCAAUUUUCUACACUGAAUAGCAUUUCAUAUGAAGAUAAAAUUAGAGUCAGUCCAGGCACUAAUCAUACUUUACCAAGAGCAGACAAAAGAGCAAACAAAAUCGUCAAAUUUAGUUUAGAAACAGCUUCAGAACACAGUUAUGAAGUUCCAAACACUGCUCAAGGCUUCCAAUACGAGAUACAGAGCAUUUAUAGUAAUGAGUAUGAACCCAUUAUAACUAAGAAUACUGAGCCAAAAACUGUACCACUGCCGCGUGUAGCGAUAAACUCUGAAAAAGCGUCCGUUCCCAAAAUAAAGGGAUCAAUUGUAAAAAAUAUUGCUGCAAAUAUUGAAAGUCGCAAUCUUAUGAAUACAAUGGACACGAAGAUGGAUAACAAUCUAGGUUCGAUGAAAAUAUUUAACAAAAGAAAAGUGCCACGAACUCCACCUGCACUGCCGCCUAAGCCAAAGAACUUGUCAGCUAAAUGGAAAGCUGAAAAUUCCGUCAGACCAGCGAUGGAGCUUUUAGACUCUGAAGCCGUUGCGGCUAAUCAACGGGUUGCAGAUGUUAAGACGAGAAACGUGGGGCAAGUGGCUACAGCAAAAAAUGUGGAACCGGACUACUGUUCCAUUUCAGAGAUAAAUGUUCCAGUAGUCAGCAAUGGUAAAAGAGAGUUGCUACUCACGCAGCCCACAGUUGAAAUUCAUAAUGAACAGUACCCAAUCCAUACAACGGCUCAAAAAGACAGCGUGGCUAAAGUGAUAUCCUUGCCUAGAAUACAAAAUAAGAUAAGUGACAAAGAUAUACCAAAACUUCCGCAUGUCACUGAAAUCAUUAUUCCAGAUGAAGACGAUAAGCCGAAUGAAGAUAAUCGGUCUUUAAACCAAACAACUAAGAGUUACUUAGCUAAUUUUAAUAUACAUGCUAUGCAGCCAAAACUGGACCCACGUGGUUCCAUUCAAAUGGGCAAUACGGUAUCGUCAAUUCUUUCGGAAAUCAACAAAGGUGCCAAAACAGGUGGCAAACAGAUUAACUUGACGGAAUUGGAUAAUCAAUUUAAUCAAGUUCCGGGAAAAAAUAACGCUGAACCACGUAAAGCUGAUUAUUUUGACGAGAUAGACAAAUUCGAUUUGUCACAAGAUUUCGAAGAGUUUAAAAUAGAUGAUGAACUCGGCAGUAUAGUCGCAGAGGAAUAUCGCAUUAGCUCUGGAAGCAGCGACGGUUCCGUGACUGACGUAGUGACCGAAAACCUUACCAUUGUACCUGAAACUAAUAAUCAGCAUAAUAAUGCCGGCAACGUAAAUGAAAAUGAGAAAAUCGAGCCAUUUCGUGACUGCAAUGAAAAUGUGAAUAAGGGCUUGUCAAAAAACGCUAAGCUUUCAAACAAACCUGAUCUUUUAUCCAACAUAGAAAAUGUCGAGACAGAAUCCGUAAGGAAUUCCGAUAUCGAAUCGAGCAACUCAUCCGGAAGCAAUAGUGGUUCAUACAAUACGGUUAAAUGUGAACCGAGAAUGAUUUUAAAUAACAAUGCUGAUCUUAAUUAUAAUAAAAAUAAAGGAUCUUUUGAUUUCUUCUUAGAGACAUCAGGUCUUAGCUCGAAAUCAAUAUUUACUCCUAGUAAGAAUUAUCUCGGUUUAAGGCCUCCGAGUGCCAAUCACAAGAGUGUGUUAAAACCUAAGGAUAUAAAGAUGAGAGUCAAAAAUCCAAUUGCAACGAACAAAAUCAACGAAAAACCUAUGACGACUGCUAUUAAAUACUUUGAACCUUAUGUCUAACAUAAUACUAUUUUAUUAUAUUGUUAUAAUUUUAUAUUUUUUUUUAAUUUUAUUUAUUGUAAAAAAAUGAACUUGCCUGCAUAAUAAUUUUAUAUUUAUGUUAAAAU